AUAAUGAUUUACAGUGUUCAUUACCAUGUCAUCUUAAAUCUUAACUCCAUUUCUAAAUUAGCUUGGAAGAAUUCAGAUGGAGUUUUGUGUUUCUCAGAACUGCUACGCAUCUCAAAGGGAAUACAGAGUUCUUUUACUCUCUCUUUGCAUUCUAUUCAAAGGAAACCCUGCAAUGGCAAAUGCAAAGUGGAGGAUUUCAUCCUGGGCCCUUUCCCCCAGCAUUCUUAUAUCUUUCAUCAGAAGUGUAAGAAUCUACUCUAUUUUAUCUCAAUUUGAUUUUAUCCAUUCUUCAAGGUAAUGAAUUUUUGUUUUUUAAAGAAAACUGCUUUUGUCACUCUUCCAGAGAAUUUCUCACUUAAGCUGCUGUGCCCCUUUCAGUAGAGUUUCUGGAUGAAUAAUGAGCAGUUAAUAGUUCAUAUUUCAUCUACUAAAUAAGAUUUCAGGAGGAAGUGAAGUGAUGGCUUCAGUUUUCCUCUCCUUAAACUCAGUCCUUCCACCUACUGUGUAUGUAUGUGUAUAGUUCUCCUAUUACUGUUUACUUAAUUUCUCUUACCCUUUUCAUCUCCUCUGUACUAGAGAGAGAGAAUGAAAUCAAAGCAUAUAACUAUGUUUGCUGUAAAAUAUCUUAAAGUUUUAUUCUCUUCAUAAUUUAAAAGACCAGGGGGCAGCUAGGUAGCACAGUGGAUAAAGCACUGGCCCUGGAUUCAGGAGGACCUGAGUUCAAAUCCGACCUCAGACACUUGACACUUACUAGCUGUGUGACCCUGGGCAAGUCACUUAACCCCAAUUGCCCCACCAAAAAAAAGAAAAGAAAAGAAAAAUAAUAUCAAAGACCAGAUGAGUUCAACAAUGCAAUGAGUGUAACAAACAAACUAAAACCCAUGCUGGACCAGGAAUUAAAAUAAAAAUACCUGGGUCUGUGUUCCAGACACUUCUGUUUACAAACUCUUCAAUGUUGAACAAUCUCUUCAACUUUUUCUAUUUUCUUCACCUUUUUCAACAUCAUUAGAAAAUAAUACUUGCACUGAUACAAGAAGACAAACAUUUAGGGUGCGUAGAGUAUUGUAUUUAGGAGAUAUUAAGUAGUUAUAAAGGUUCUGGGUAAAUAAUAGCUACCUCACAGGUAUUGAAAAUGAGUUGUAAAUUCACAGACUUGUUGAUUGUUAUUAUUUUUUUAACUUCCCAUACAACCAAUUUUUCUUUUCCCUUACUGUCACCUGACCUUGAUACAGGUAGGAGAAGAGAUUCUUUGGCUUGGUGUCUCUGGCCUUAAUUUUUAAAUUUUUCAGUGCUGGCCAUUUAGGAGAAGGGAAUUUAUAUGGUACCUAAUAUGUGCCAGGCACUGUGUCGAACACUUAACAGAUACUAUCCCAUUUAAACUUUUUAACAACUGUACCAUGGAGAUGUGUUAUUAUCCCUGUUCUACAGUUGAGGAAACUGAGGCAGACAUUAAGUAACUAACUCAAGGUUAGUGUGUCUGAGGCUGGAUUUGAACUCAGGUCUUCCUGACUCCAGGCCCAACACUUCUGUCAACCACCUAGUUGACUAAGGUAAGGAUUGUGUCCUCUAGACUCUCAUUCAAGGGGCGUGGGUGUGUGCGCGUGCGCGCACGAGCAAAUUUUGACAUCUUUUUUGAAUUGCCCUAGCAACAUAUUAUAGUGCUAUCCAGUUUUUAAUUAGUAGAAAAUGACAAUUUUAUAUAGUUAGACAUUUUUGAAGAAAAUGGGCCUCAAUUCAUUCAGCAAGCAUUUAUUAUUUACUAUGUGCCAAGCACUAUAUUAAGUUCAUGGGCUUAAAAGGAAAACAAAAGAGACUCUUCCCUGAAGAAGCAUUUGUUCUAAGGUGGGAGAUGACAUGUAGAAAAUCCACUACAUCUGAAAUGAGACACAUGAAGGAAGCCAAGAGACCCAGGUGGGGGACAAGGGAAGCAUUCCAGGCAUGGGGACCACCAGUAUACAAAGGCAUUGACUGGAUCAGGAGAAAGGUUGUCUUGUCAGAGGAAGUUCAAGUAGGCCUGCACAUGGACAAGAGUCUGCUAAUGAAUGUUGAUCUUCAGCAGAGGGCCAAGAUGUUGUAGUGAACCAAUCAUUGAAGACUUGGAGUCAAAAAAUCUGGAUUCCGUUCCCUUUCCACAAGCUGACUUUGCAGACACAGAAAGGGAAGGAAAAUGGAAGGUGAGGCGGUUGAAGCAAUCAUGGAGGAGUCUGAAACCUUCAUCAAAGGAAAAGAGAGAAAAACGUAUCAGAGACGCCGGGAAGGGGGUCAGGAUGAGGAUGCUUGCCAUAUAUCGCAGACCCAAGCGGAUGGGAGUGACGUGGUUCAGGAGGUAAACAGCAGUGUCCAAAUGGUCAUGAUGGAGCAGCUGGACCCUACCCUACUUCAGAUGAAGACUGAAGUCAUGGAGGGUACAGUACCUCAGGAAGCUGAUGCUACUGUGGAUGACACACAAAUAAUAACACUUCAAGUUGUUAAUAUGGAAGAACAACCUAUAAACCUUGGGGAGCUUCAGCUUGUUCAGGUACCUGUACCAGUAACGGUGCCUGUGGCCACCACUUCUGUAGAAGAACUGCAAGGGGCUUAUGAAAAUGAGGUCUCUAAAGAAGGCCUGCCCGAAGGCGAGCCCAUGAUUUGUCACACGUUACCUUUGCCUGAAGGUUUCCAGGUGGUAAAAGUAGGUGCCAAUGGUGAGGUUGAGACAUUAGAACAAGGGGAGCUGCAGCCUCAGGAAGAUCCCAAUUGGCAGAAAGACCCAGACUAUCAGCCACCUGCCAAAAAGACAAAAAAAACCAAAAAGAGCAAACUUCGUUACACAGAGGAGGGCAAAGAUGUGGAUGUUUCUGUGUAUGACUUUGAAGAAGAGCAACAAGAGGGUUUAUUAUCGGAAGUCAAUGCAGAGAAGGUUGUUGGUAACAUGAAGCCUCCAAAGCCAACAAAAAUUAAAAAGAAAGGUGUAAAAAAGACAUUCCAGUGUGAGCUGUGCAGUUAUACAUGUCCACGACGUUCAAAUUUGGAUCGACACAUGAAAAGUCAUACUGAUGAAAGACCACAUAAGUGCCAUCUCUGUGGCAGAGCUUUCCGCACAGUCACCUUGCUGAGGAACCAUCUAAAUACUCACACAGGUACUCGUCCUCAUAAGUGCCCAGACUGCGACAUGGCCUUUGUAACCAGUGGAGAAUUAGUUCGGCAUCGACGCUAUAAACACACCCAUGAGAAACCCUUCAAGUGUUCCAUGUGUGAUUAUGCUAGUGUUGAGGUCAGCAAGUUGAAACGUCACAUUCGCUCUCACACUGGAGAGCGUCCAUUCCAGUGUAGUUUGUGCAGUUAUGCCAGCAGGGACACGUACAAACUGAAAAGACACAUGAGAACCCAUUCCGGUGAAAAGCCGUAUGAAUGUUAUAUUUGUCAUGCUCGAUUUACCCAGAGUGGCACAAUGAAAAUGCACAUCUUACAGAAGCACACAGAGAAUGUGGCCAAAUUUCACUGUCCACAUUGUGAUACUGUCAUAGCCAGAAAAAGCGAUUUGGGUGUCCAUUUGCGAAAGCAGCAUUCCUACAUUGAGCAGGGCAAGAAAUGUCGUUAUUGUGAUGCUGUAUUUCACGAGCGGUAUGCCCUUAUUCAGCAUCAAAAAUCCCACAAAAAUGAGAAGCGUUUCAAGUGUGACCAGUGCGACUAUGCAUGCAGACAGGAACGGCACAUGAUAAUGCACAAACGAACGCAUACUGGAGAGAAGCCCUACGCCUGCAGUCACUGCGACAAGACCUUCCGACAGAAACAGCUUCUGGAUAUGCAUUUCAAACGCUAUCAUGACCCCAACUUUGUCCCUGCUGCUUUUGUCUGUUCUAAGUGUGGUAAAACAUUUACACGCCGGAACACAAUGGCAAGGCAUGCUGACAAUUGUACUGGUCUAGAUGGUAUAGAUGGAGAAAAUGGAAGUGAAAGCAAGAAAGGCAAACGUGGGAGGAAAAGAAAGAUGCGCUCUAAAAAAGAGGAGUCCUCUGACAGUGAAGAAAAUGCUGAACCAGACUUGGAUGACAAUGAGGAUGAGGAGGAAACUGCCGUUGAAAUUGAAGCCGAACCAGAAGUUCAGCCUGUGACUCCAGCCCCGCCACCGGCCAAAAAGCGAAGAGGAAGGCCGCCGGGCAAGGCCAGCCAGCCCAAGCAAGCCCAGCCUACAGCAAUCAUUCAGGUUGAAGACCAGAACACUGGUGCAAUUGAAAACAUUAUAGUGGAAGUCAAAAAAGAGCCUGAUGCAGAAACAGUAGAAGGUGAAGAAGAGGAGCCCCAGUCAGCUGUGGUGGAAGCUCCCAAUGGCGACCUCACUCCAGAGAUGAUUCUGAGCAUGAUGGACCGGUGAUGGAGGAAAGCUCUGCCGACGGGACUGGCCUGGGCUGUGUUUAAACGGCUCAAUCUUAUUUUUUCUUUUUCUUUUGUUUUCUUGGCUUUGGGAAAUGCAUCAUUUGAGACCAUUUUACCAAACAUACUGGGAACUUAAACUUCAAAGAUUAUGGUAGAAAAUGUGAUUUAACUAGAACUUGCUGUUUUGAUGUUAGCGUUGCAGAUCAUGGAACGUUAGAAUACACACUGAGUCCUUGAGGGGGUUGACGAUGAAAUUUGAGAUCAACAUUGCAGUGAUGGUCCGAGGACCAUGUUUACAUGUAACCAGUUUUGAUAGAUGGAAAUGGAAAUAUUGAAGCCCUUCACUGAAGCCCUUAUGGUAAACCACUCCGGAAUUGCCACCAAGGUUUCCCAAAGUUCUACGUCCCCUUCCUAGAAGAGUUUUUAAUUGUAAAUGCAGACUUGGGAGGGUCCUAGACUUUUAAACCAUUUUUAUUUUUGCUUUUCCCUGACUCCCUAUGGCUUGGAGUUAGCUGCACACCAGUAAUAUGGCAUGCUAUGAUUGAUUUCUGUCCUGAACACUUUGCUGCUUUUAAAAGCAAAGCAUCUGUUAUGGUCAAGCUUGUAAAUACCUGGUUUUUGGUUUUUGUUUUUGUUUUGUUUUUUUUUUUUUACAUUUUAAUCUUUUACAUUAAUUAAGAGGUUGGAAAGAAGUGCAGUUUAAGAAGCCCGGCAUUUUAAUUAAUUUACAAAUUAAGUUACAACAGACUCAAUAGUAUGUAAAUGUUGGAAAAAAAUUAAUGGAUCACAAUCACGUAGAAGGUACCCAGACUAUUGCUUGCUGAAUAAUGGGAGUCCUCGUGGAACAUUUUUUAUUCCGAGCACAUGGAACUGGCAUUUGAACCUUGUAUAAUUAACUCUGUUAUGAUUUCACAUCUACGUUUUCUUUGCUCCGUUUUAUAGCUGUAUUUUUGUGUUUUACAAGUCCUCUGUUAAGGCAAAAACAGCGGUUUUAAGUGGGUCAUGGUAGCCCUUGGAAAACCUGGGCCAGGAAAUUUCGCUAGGUCAGUAAUUUAAAUUUUGGAUCUUAAAAAGAAACAAUAAUGUGAAACAAACACAACUUUCAAAACAAAUGAUGCUUGUAUAUGGACUGUCAUGUUAAAAAAUGUAAGCUUUUUAUAGAGUCUUGCUGAUUUCAAACAAAUUUUUCUUCUAUGUAUCGCUUUUAAAAAAGGCUAUGGUAUAGCUCUCAGACUCUAGGUUGAUGCAUUUUUGUACUUCGCUGUACUGUGUGAUAUUUUUCAUUCUUUUAGAAGGCCAACAUGAGAACUGUAAUAAAAUAUGUAAUGGGGGUUUGAAAGCUGGGGAGGUGAAUUAUACUGCUGUACAGCUAAUAAAUAAUAAUGGAUUAACAUGG